GUAGAGUUAAGAUGGCGGUGUGUGGGUGAGGAGGUAGUAGAUCAAAGCUCCGGUUUUCUUCCCUUAUAGCCGAAUUCUUUAUAACCGCACCGUCACAAUUAACCAGGAAUCAACAUUUUCCCCACAUUUCACACAUAUUCGUCUUAUUUCGGAUUGAACUCAUGACGUCUAUUCACUUCGUGGUUCACCCGUUGCCCGGGACGGAGGACCAGCUCAAUGACAGAUUACGGGAGGUCUCAGAGAAGCUGAACAAAUAUAACUGCACCAGUCACCCACCUCUCAAUGUGUUGGAGCAGGCCACAAUUAAACAGUGUGUGGUUGGACCCAACCAUGCUGGCUUUCUCCUAGAGGAUGGGCGCGUCUGUAGGAUCGGCUUUGCUGUCCAGCCCGACCGGCUAGAGCUGGGCAAACCUGAUGGCAGCGAUGGUUCAAAGUUGAGCAGUGGUUCAGGGACAGGAAGGAGCUCCAGGCCAGGCAGGGCUAGUGAUCCGCCCUGGUUCCUGUCUGGUUCUGACACACUGGGCAGACUGGCAGGCAACACCCUUGGGAGCCGCUGGAGCUCGGGGGUGAACGGUGGAGGGGGCGGAGGCAGCAGCAGCAGCGCGGGCGGGGCCGGCGGAGGCGCGGGAGGCAGCGGAGGUGGAGGCGGGGGCGGAGGAGGAGGCGGCGGAGGUGGAGGAGGAGGAGGAGGGGGCCGGUCCUCGGCGGCGGCGCGGGACUCCCGGAGGCAGACGCGGGUGAUCCGCACGGGCAGGGAGCGCGGCUCAGGCCUCCUGGGGAGCCAGCCCCAGCCCGUCAUCCCGGCCUCGGUCAUCCCCGAGGAGCUCAUCUCCCAGGCCCAGGUGGUUCUUCAGGGGAAAUCCAGGAGCGUCAUCAUCCGGGAGCUCCAGCGCACCAACCUGGACGUGAACCUGGCCGUCAACAACCUGCUGAGCAGGGACGACGAGGACGGCGAUGACGGGGACGACACGGCCAGCGAGUCCUAUCUGCCUGGAGAGGACCUGAUGUCUCUGCUGGAUGCAGACAUCCACUCGGCCCACCCGAGCGUCAUCAUCGAUGCUGACGCCAUGUUCUCGGAGGACAUCAGCUAUUUCGGAUACCCCUCCUUCAGGCGCUCCUCGCUGUCUCGGCUGGGCUCCUCUCGAGAGCGCGACUCGGAGCUGUUGCGCGAGCGUGAGUCUGUGUUGAGGUUGCGUGAGCGGCGCUGGCUCGAUGGGGCCUCUUUUGAUACGGAGCGCGGCUCCACCAGCAGGGACGGCGAGCCCGGGCUGGACAGGAAGAGCGUCCCCGUCCAGAGCCCCGUCAGCCUCGGGGAGGAGCUCCAGUGGUGGCCUGACAAGGAUGGCACAAAGUUCGUGAGUAUCGGAGCGCUGUACUCUGAGCUGGUGGCAGUCAGCUCUAAAGGAGAGCUCUAUCAGUGGAAGUGGACUGAACCAGAGCCCUACAGAAACGCACAGAACCCUGCCGUUCACCACCCGCGGGCUUCAUUCCUGGGCUUGACCAAUGAGAAGAUCACCCUCCUCUCGGCCAAUAGCAUCAGAGCCACAGUCGCCACGGAGACCAACAAGGUGGCGACGUGGGUGGAUGACACCCUGAGCACGGUGGCGUCGAAGCUGGAGCACGGGGCCCAGGCGUUCACCGAGCUGCAGGGCGAGCGCAUCGUGUCCCUGCACUGCUGCGCCCUCUACACCUGCGCCCAACUGGAUAGCAGCCUUUACUGGUGGGGCGUCGUGCCUUUCAGUCAGCGGAAGAAGAUGCUGGAGAAGGCCCGAGCCAAGAACAAGAAGCCGAAGUCCAGCACCGGCAUCUCCGCCAUCCCCAACAUCACCGUGGGAACUCAGGUGUGCCUGAGAAACAACCCGCUGUACCACGCGGGCGCCGUGGCCUUCUCCGUCAGCGCGGGCGUGCCUAAGGUGGGCGUGCUCCUGGAGUCCGUGUGGAACAUGAACGACAGCUGCCGCUUCCAGCAGCGCUCCCCGGAGAGCCUCAAGAGCAUGGACAAGAGCAGCAAGGCCCAGGAGACCAAGACCGAGAGCAAGCCGGAGCUGGUGAAGACCGAGAUGGGCCCCCCUCCAUCUCCGGCCUCCACCUGCAGCGACACGUCGUCCAUCGCCAGCAGCGCUUCGCUGCCCUACAAGCGCCGGCGCUCUACCCCCGCCCCCAAAGAGGAGGAGAAAGUAAACGAAGAGCAGUGGCCUCUUCGAGAAGUGGUUUUUGUGGAGGAUGUUAAAAAUGUCCCUGUGGGAAAGGUGCUAAAAGUCGAUGGUGCAUAUGUUGCUGUGAAAUUUCCAGGGACGUCGAGCAGCGUGAGCAGCCAGAGCGCAGCUCCCUCUGACUCUGACCCCUCCUCACUGCUGCAGGACUGUAGGCUCCUCAGAAUCGAUGAGCUGCAGGUAGUAAAAACUGGUGGAACUCCAAAAGUUCCAGAUUGCUUCCAACGCACACCCAAAAAACUUUGUAUCCCUGAAAAAGCUGAAAUAUUGGCUGUGAAUGUUGACUCCAAAGGAGUUCAUGCAGUGCUAAAGACAGGGAGCUGGGUGAGAUACUGUAUCUUUGACCUUGCCACAGGCAAGGCUGAGCAGGAGAAUAAUUUCCCCACCAGUAGCCUGGCCUUUCUGGGCCAGAACGAGCAUAACGUGGCCAUCUUCACUGCAGGACAGGAAUCUCCCGUGGUUCUGCGGGACGGAAACGGAACUAUUUACCCCAUGGCUAAGGACUGCAUGGGGGGCAUAAGAGACCCUGAUUGGUUAGACCUGCCCCCCAUAUCCAGCCUCGGAAUGGGGGUUCACUCCCUCUCUAACCUUCCCGCCAACUCCACCAUAAAAAAGAAAGCUGCUAUUAUCAUCAUGGCGGUGGAGAAGCAGACUCUGAUGCAGCAGGUGCUGCGCUGUGAUUACGAGGCCUGCCGGCUGUACUUGGCCAACCUAGAGCAGAGCCCCCACGCCCUGGGUGCCCUGCUGGGCCACCGCUGCGACGGCAACCGCAACAUCCUGCACGCCUGCGUCUCCGUCUGCUUCCCCGUCAGCAACAAGGAGACCAAGGAGGAGGAGGGUGAGCUGGGGUCGGGGGUCGCGCGGGCGCAGGCCACCCGGCCGUCGCCGAGGAGGAGAGAAGCUGAGCGGUCUGAGAGGAACACGUUUGCAGAGAGGCUGUCCGCAGUGGAGGCCAUCGCCAACGCCAUCUCUGUGGUCUCUAGCAACAGCUCCGGAAACAGGACCGGGUCUUCCAGCAGCAGAGGCCUGCGGCUCCGGGAAAUGAUGAGGCGGUCCCUCCGGGCUGCCGGAUUGGGCCGGCACGAGUCAGGCCCCUCCUCCAGCGACCACCAGGACCCGGUGUCUCCGCCCAUCGCCCCACCCAGCUGGGUGCCAGACCCCCCACCCAUGGAUCCAGACGGCGAUAUCGACUUCAUCCUGGCCCCUGCGGUGGGCUCGCUCACCACUGCUCCAGCUGGGACCGGCCAGGGGCCCAGCACCUCCACGAUACCGGGCCCAUCGUCCGAGCCCUCGGUGGUGGAGUCCAAAGACCGCAAAGCCAAUGCCCAUCUGAUCCUGAAGCUGAUGUGUGACAGCGUGGUGCUGCGGCCCUACCUGCGGGAGCUGCUGUCCGCAAAGGAUGCCCGCGGGAUGACCCCCUUCAUGCUGGCGGUCAGCGGGAGAGCCUACCCGGCCGCCAUCACCGUUCUGGAAGCGGCGCAGAAGAUCGCUAAAGGUGACCCUGGCGUCAGCGAGAAGGAGGACGCCGACUCUAUCUUCAUGGAGAUGAUCUGCCCGCCCGGGACCAACCCCGACGACUCGCCCCUCUACGUCCUCUGCUGCAACGACACCUGCAGCUUCACCUGGACAGGGGCGGAGCACAUCAACCAGGACAUCUUUGAGUGCAGGACCUGCGGCCUGUUGGAGUCCCUCUGCUGCUGCACUGAGUGUGCCCGGGUCUGUCACAAGGGCCAUGACUGCAAGCUAAAGAGGACAUCUCCCACCGCCUACUGCGACUGCUGGGAGAAGUGUAAGUGCAAGACCCUGAUCGCGGGGCAGAAGUCCGCCCGCCUAGACCUGCUCUACAGACUGCUCACCACCACCAACCUGGUCACCACGCCCAACAGCAGGGGGGAGCACAUCCUCCUCUUCCUGGUCCAGACUGUUGCCAGGCAGAGUGUGGAGCACUGUCAGUACCGGCCGCCGCGGAUCCGAGAGGACAGGAACCGAAAGGCUGCUAAUGCAGAAGACUCGGACAUGCCCGACCACGACCUGGAGCCGCCCCGUUUCGCCCAGCUCGCCCUGGAGCGCGUGCUGCAGGACUGGAACGCCCUCCGGUCCAUGAUCCUCUUCGGCUCCCAGGAGAACAAAGACCCCCUGAGCGCCAGCAGCCGGAUCGGGCACCUCCUCCCCGAGGAGCAGGUGUACCUCAGCCAGCAGAGCGGCACCAUCCGGCUCGACUGCUUCACCCACUGCCUCAUCGUCAAGUGCGCCCCCGACAUCACGUUCAUUGACACUCUCCUGGGGACAUUGGUGAAGGAGCUGCAGAACAAGUACACUCCGGGCCGGCGGGAGGAGGCCAUCAACGUCACCAUGAGGUUCCUGCGCUCCGUGGCCCGCGUCUUCGUCAUCCUCAGCGUGGAGAUGGCCUCGUCCAAGAAGAAGAAUAACUUCAUCCCCCAGCCCAUCGGGAAGUGCCGGCGCGUGUUCCAGGCCCUGCUGCCCUACGCGGUGGAGGAGCUGUGCAACGUGGCCGAGUCGCUGAUCGUGCCCGUGCGCAUGGGCGUGGCCCGGCCCACCGCGCCCUUCACGCUGGCCAGCACCAGCAUCGACGCCGUGCAGGGCAGCGAGGAGCUCUUCUCCGUGGAGCCGCUGCCCCCUCGGCCGUCCCCAGACCAGUCCAACAGCUCCAGCCAGUCCACGUUCUCCUAUAUCAUGAGGAACCCUCCGCCCCGCCACAGCAGCCAGUCCCAGCCCGCCCGCGGGAGGGAUGAGGAGCAGGAUGACAUCGUGUCCGCCGACGUCGAGGAGGUGGAGGUGGUGGAGGGUGUGGCCGGGGAGGAGGAUCACCAUGACGACCACGAGGAGCAGGGGGAGGAGAACGCAGAGGCGGAGGGACAGCACGACGAGCACGAUGAGGAUGGCAGCGACAUGGAGCUGGACUUACUGGCGGCCGCGGAGACCGAGAGUGACAGCGAGAGCAACCAUAGCAACCAGGACAAUGCCAGCGGCCGGAGGAGUGUGGUCACCGCGGCAACCGCUGGCUCCGAAGCAGGAAGUAGGGUCUCCCUGGCAUUUCCUUUGUUUGGUGCCAGCAGUGUCCCUGCCUUCUUUUCAGAGGACGACUCGCAGUCCAACGACUCGAGCGACUCGGACAGCAGCAGCAGCCAGAGCGACGACGUGGACCAGGAGACCUUCCUGCUGGACGAGCCGCUGGAGAGGACGUCCAGCGCCUCGCACGCCAACAGCGCCGCCCAGGCGCCGCGCUCCAUGCAGUGGGCCGUGCGCAGCACCCCCAGCCACAGGGCCUCCGGCAGCGCCCCCUCCAGCUCCUCCACCCCCGCAGCCAGCUCCACGGGCCUGAUCUACAUCGACCCGUCCAACCUGCGGCGGAGCGGCGCCAUCAGCACCAGCGCCGCCGCCGCCGCCGCCGCCCUGGAGGCCAGCAACUCCAGCAGCUACCUGACCUCCGCCAGCAGCCUGGCCCGCGCCUACAGCAUCGUCAUCCGCCAGAUCUCCGACCUCAUGAGCCUCAUCCCCAAAUACACGCACCUGGUGUACUCCCAGUACCCCGCCGCCGUUAAGCUCACCUACCAGGACGCCGUCAACCUGCAGAACUACGUGGAGGAGAAGCUGAUCCCCACCUGGAACUGGAUGGUGUCCAUCAUGGACUCCACGGAGGCGCAGCUGCGCUACGGCUCGGCGCUGUCCUCGGCGGGCGACCCGGGUCACCCCAGCCACCCGCUGCACGCCUCGCAGCACUCGGGCCGGCGUGAGCGCAUGACCGCCCGCGAGGAGGCCAGCCUCAGGACGCUGGAGGGGCGCAGGCGUGCUGCCACACUGCUGACUGCGCGGCAGGGGAUGAUGUCGGCGCGCGGGGACUUCCUGAACUACGCCCUCUCCCUGAUGCGCUCCCACAACGACGAGCACUCGGACGUGCUGCCCGUGCUGGACGUGUGCUCGCUCAAGCACGUGGCCUACGUCUUCCAGGCCCUCAUCUACUGGAUCAAGGCCAUGAACCAGCAGACCACGCUGGACACGCCCCAGAUGGACAGGAAGAGAACCCGUGAGAUUCUGGAGCUGGGCCUGGACAACGAGGACUCUGAGCAUGAGAACGACGAAGACACAAAUCAAAGCUCCACCCUCCAGGACAAAGACGAGGAGCCCGUUCCUGCCGAGACAGGCCAGAACCACCCCUUCUUCCGCCGCUCCGACUCCAUGACCUUCCUGGGCUGCAUCCCGCCAAACCCCUUCGAGGUGCCCCUAGCUGAGGCCAUUCCACUGGCUGACCAGCCACACCUGCUACAGCCGAAUGCUAGGAAGGAGGAUCUUUUCGGACGGCCGAGCCAGGGCCUGUACUCCUCCUCAUACAGCACAAGCAAAGGCCUGUCUGAGGUGACUGUGGACAGGAACUGCCUAGAGAUCCUGCCCACGAAGAUGUCGUAUUCCGCCAACAUGAAGAAUGUUAUGAGCAUGCAGUCGCGUCAGAAGGGUGGGGAGGAGCAGGCGGCGGCCGAGCCUGAGAUGGAGGUUCCCAAACCCGGGCCCUCCGCCCACGACCUGGCGGCCCAGCUGAAGAGCAGCCUGCUGGCGGAGAUCGGGCUGACGGAGAGCGAGGGCCCGCCGCUCCCCUCCUUCAGGCCGCACUGCAGUUUCAUGGGCAUGGUGAUCUCCCACGACAUGCUGCUGGGCCGCUGGCGGCUCUCCCUGGAGCUCUUCGGCCGGGUGUUCAUGGAGGACGUGGGGGCCGAGCCUGGAUCGAUCCUGACUGAGCUGGGCGGCUUCGAGGUGAAGGAGUCCAAGUUCCGGCGGGAGAUGGAGAAGCUGCGGAACCAGCAGUCGCGGGACCUGGCGCUGGAGGUGGACCGCGACCGCGAGCAGCUCAUCCAGCAGACCAUGCGGCAGCUCAACACGCACUUCGGCCGCCGCUGCACCACCACGCCCAUGGCCGUGCACCGCGUCAAGGUCACCUUCAAGGACGAGCCGGGCGAGGGCAGCGGCGUGGCGCGCAGCUUCUACACCGCCAUCGCCCAGGCCUUCCUCUCCAGCGAGAAGCUGCCCAAUCUGGACUGCGUGCAGAACGCCAACAAGGGCAUGCAGGCCAGCAAUCUGAUGCAACGCCUGAGGAACAGGGACCGGGAGAGAGAGAGGAGGAGCGGGGGUCUGAGGGCAGGCUCCCGGCGAGACCGCGACAGGGACUCAAGGAGACAGCUGUCCAUUGACACCCGACCCUUCAGGCCCGCAUCCGAGGGGAACCCCAGCGAUGAGCCGGACCCCCUGCCGGCACACAGACAGGCCCUGGGGGAGAGGCUGUACCCCAGAGUACACGCCAUGCAGCCGGCCUUUGCCAGUAAGAUCACAGGGAUGCUGCUGGAGCUGUCCCCGGCCCAGCUGCUGCUGCUCCUGGCCAGCGAGGACUCUCUGAGGGCCCGGGUGGAGGAGGCCAUGGAGCUCAUCAUCGCCCACGGAAGGGAAAAUGGCGCAGACAGCAUACUGGACCUCGGCUUGUUGGACACGUCUGAUAAAUCACAGCAACAGGAGAACCGCAAGCGACACGGCUCCAGCCGCAGCGUGGUGGACAUGGAGCUGGACGACCCCGACGACGGAGACGACAACGCCCCCCUCUUCUACCAGCCCGGAAAGAGGGGCUUCUACUCACCCCGCCCCGGCAAGAACACAGAAGCUCGCCUCAACUGCUUCCGCAACAUCGGCAGAAUACUUGGGUUAUGCCUGCUUCAGAAUGAACUCUGUCCCAUCACCUUGAACAGACACGUAAUCAAAGUGUUGCUCGGGAGAAAGGUGAACUGGCAUGACUUUGCGUUCUUCGACCCGGUGACGUACGAGAGUUUGCGGCAGCUGUUCCGCCACGCUCAGGCGGGCGAGGCUGACGCGGUCUUCGCCCAGAUGGAACUGGCAUUCGCCAUCGACCUCUGCAAGGAGGAAGGGUCUGGACAGGUGGAGCUCCUGUCAGGUGGUGUGAACAUGCCCGUGACCCCUCUAAACGUGUACGAGUAUGUGCGAAAGUACGCUGAGCACCGCAUGCUGGUGGUGGCUGAGCAGCCUCUGCAUGCGAUGAGGAAGGGCCUCCUGGACGUGCUUCCUAAGAGCGCCCUGGAGGACCUGACUGCUGAGGACUUCCGGCUCCUGGUGAACGGUUGCGGGGAGGUCAACGUGCAGAUGCUCAUCAGCUUCACCUCCUUCAAUGACGAAUCAGGGGAGAAUGCAGAGAAGCUGUUGCAGUUCAAGCGCUGGUUUUGGUCCAUUGUUGAGAAGAUGAGCAUGGCUGAGAGACAAGAUCUGGUCUACUUCUGGACAUCCAGCCCAUCUCUACCGGCCAGUGAGGAAGGCUUCCAGCCCAUGCCAUCCAUCACCAUCCGGCCCCCGGACGACCAGCACCUGCCCACCGCCAACACCUGCAUCUCCCGCCUCUACGUGCCGCUGUACUCCUCCAAGCAGAUCCUCAAACAGAAACUCUUACUAGCCAUCAAGACCAAGAACUUUGGUUUCGUGUAGAGGAUGACGAACAACGUGUUUACUGUUGUGUAAUAUUGCUAGUUCCAUUUUUGUAGAUUUAUUUUUUGUCUAUACAAUUUUAUGAAAGUUAAAAAAAAAAUGCUGUCACAUCCC